AUGCCUCGGUGGCUCGAGGAAAGUGUUGAGGGCCCUCAGCAGGUGCAGCUCAGCAGUCCCACGUCUGCUCUCAACGCAGUAGCCGAAGCCACCAUCAGCAAUAGCCGCCCUCGCUCCCAAUCAGACGGCUUCGACGAUCCUUUCUUGUCUAAGAAGCUUGAGAACCAGACUGCAUCGGCUAGCACCCUCGAUGAUCUCAACGACCAGCUUACGAAAGCCCGUCAAGCAUUGGAGGCGCUAGCCACCACGGAGCAGCCUCGCACCAGCGCCACUCUUCCCCUCACCUCGGUCCCACAGCUGGCCUCGCUCAGCAUCGGUCGCAGUCCUCCUGCGCCUGGACAGAGGCCCACCCGCGUCACAUCACUGGGCCACCUUAGUCGUCUUCCAAAGAGUGGCGUCGCAGAGACUUCACAGUCCGGCCCCGCCCUUGAGCCUUCCUCCCCUCAACGGCGCCAGCGUUCCAAGACGAGCAACGAUUGCAAGCUCCCCAUCCAGAUUAUCACUCAAGUCGGCGGCGGAGCCCGCAACCAUUACUCCCUUGGCGCUCUCAAGACCAAAUGGAUCAUCAGCGGGGACAGUCCUCGCUCUUCUUCGAGCCGAAGGAGUCGCGCAAGCAGCAGCGUGCUCGACAGCAGUCGCUCCAAUCAUAGCUUUGCACAGCUUGAUUGGCAAGAGUCAGGGUCGCCUUCUCGCUCUCGUACACACUCGGAAGAAGUAGGCAGUAUCUCUGUACCUAGCCUAGCCUCAGCCUCUUCACCUGCGCGCCGUGGACGCUUGCCCAGUGGAGCACUGCGUGCCCGACAAGACUCUGGCUCCUUUUCAGUACACUCUUUCUCCCAGAGACAGCAGUCUGCUACCGCGGCGCUGGGAGCACCAGAGUGGCGCGCCAAUGCCGCACCCGCUACCACACGUACGCACAGCCAGCCGCCUCCUUUGGCGCCUUCGGCGAGUACCCUUCCUCCUCGUCAUGCCUUACCCAUGACCAAGUCUAUGAGCGUGCUGCCGUCUACGGGCUCCUCAACCUCGCUCCUUAAUUCCUCGCCACCUAGGAAACGUGCCAUUACGGACAUGACCGCCGACCAGACUGCAGUGCCGCAACCUCAGGGCCCUCGCUGCAGCCACCUGCUCCCUUCGGCGGAGCUCGCCUCACCUCUUCAGCCCAUUACGACCCGCGACGGUGGCAGCCUAGCCGAGAGUGACAGCGAUGACGAGGUUCCUCCUUCUGCAGUUGCCUCGGCCUUGCAGUACUACCGCACGUCUCCCAGCCGACCACCGAGCUACGACAUUGCCCAACGUCUGCCCUGCGAGCUUUGUGGCGCCCUUGUCCUGCGAUGGGCUAUCUUGCUGCCUUGCGGGCAUCGAGCUUGUACGGCUUGCUGCUGCUCGGGCGUCAACCAAGUCUCGACUACGCCUCCCCGAGAGCACACUUGCGCAGCGUGCGGCCAGCUGGUCGAAGGCAUUUCGCUGUCGCUCCCUGCAGCAGAGGCAGCACGAGCAGCCGCCAUGCCGGCUCAACAGCAAGGUCGUUCGGUCUUCUCUCUACCGAGUAAUGAGGGCGACCGCGCUUCACCUCGCCGACAGCGCGAAAGGAGCUCGGAGAUUCGUCGCUUCCCGGGCGUCACCGAAGCGCUGCUUGGCCUUGACAAGCCCUUGCCUGCCGAGAUGGCAAGCAAGACACUCACACAAGUCGCCGAGGAGUUCCAAGUUGACAAGUACAUGGCUGCCUCUGCCCUGACCACACCUCCACGAGCUGGACAGCAUCUUCCCCUUUCGGUCUCCCCAGAGACGACUUUCAAUACUGACGAGUCCUUCGUUCUCAGCGAGCACGCAUCCUUCUACAAGCCCAAGCAUGUUGGCCAGGCUGCUCUGCAUAUUGGCAACGACGCAGUCAAAAGAGGCAAGCCACUACUGCCUGCGCAAGGCAUCUCAACAAAUCUCUCUCAAGCGGCAGCGGUCCCUUUCUUCCCCACCGCCUCGAGCACGUCUGACCUCUUCUCGGCCAGCGGAGAAAAUGAGCCUUAUGCUGUCGUCAGGAUGGACAACAUUCCUUGGCGUACAUCGUACCAAGACGUCAUACAAUGGAUCCCUGAAGCCGACACGCUGUUGCCUAACGCCACUGCACUGCCGCAGCCCGUUCACGUGCCUCUCGACCUCAGGACUGGCAAGACGGCCAACAGCGCCUUCAUUGAGCUUCGUAAUGCAGAUGCUGCCAAGAAGCUCAUUCGCAAGCGUAACAACACCAAGCUGAUGGGCAGACCUGUAUCACUCCUCCUCUCGAGCUACGACGAGCUCCUUGCAGAGCUCUUUCCCGUACGCGAGCCUCUCCCUCCCGGUGUCUCCUACCAGCACGCCGCCUACUGGACACCAUGGCAGCUCGACCAGCUCCUGCAUCUCAUGGACUUCGGCGCUCCUCAACUCAAGAGCCCAAUCAAGCCCAUUGAGCUCACCAUCAGCCUCGUCGAGCUUGCACCUGCCGAGCUGCCCUACGAGCACAAGCUGCUGCUUGCGGAGCGUACCCUCGAAGUCUAUUGCCAGGGUACACAGUGGCUCGCCCAUGCGGUUGAGGGGCUGUCCGACGCUCUUGAUCGUCUUGUGCUCGCCAUUGCUAGCUGCGCCGUACUCUCGGUGGACCUGAAGGACAAGCUGCUCGAGUACAUCCGCCAUCUCUCGAGCAAGUCGAACCAAACCAAGAAGGUGAACACGCUCCUAGGACCCCAAGCACAAGCUUCAUACUAUCAACAGCAGUACGCCAUGGCAACGGAGCAUGGAGGUGCGCACGAGUAUGGCUACAAUCCCUCUGCGCAGCCGCUAUCCGCUCCUGACGCUAGCGCUUCUCGCGAAGCUCUCUGGCCACCACCACCAGCGUCCACCACAACUGACUCGGGCCACUACGGCUACACGCUACAUCAGCAAUACACUCAGCAACGCUCCGCACCUGCUACUACCGGGCGCAGUCCCUACUACUACCCAGACGGCUCCAUGAGCGCGACGAUGGCUCGCCAGGAUAAGCAGCUCGGCCUCUCCCACUACCCAUACCAGCAGACGUACACGCAACCUCCCGACGCUGACUACGAGUAUGGCGACUACGAGUACGACGCAUUCUCUCCAAUUGUAAAUCAGGGUCAUCUCUCGUCGGACUCGGCCCGUGCGCUUCCUCUCACAGGCCACGUUGGUCCAGUCGACCCGCAGAGCACCACCUCCACUCACUUCUCUCAGCACUCCCAGCAUCACGACGAAUCUCUCAGCCGAAGGGGAAGCUACAGCGAGCGAGUCCGACAAGGCAUCAAUCACUACUCGGCAACUAGCACUGCUUUCUCGGCGCACUCUGCGAAUCCUUGGAAGUCAAUGUAUGAUGAGACUCACUUUGAGCACCUUGUCAACUCGGUCGCCUCGCGCCUUGCUGCCGAUAGCCACACGUAG